AUGAGAAAUUUAUUUCGGGUCAUUGCAUGCUGCGCUUGCCCUAACACCUGUUCUAUUUCCUUCUCUUCCUCCGCCCCCUCCCCUGCCCUGCAGUACGUUGUUGUAAAACCGAAUCAGGCGAAGGUCUUGGAGGGUUUCUUCGUGCCAGCCUGUCCAAACUGCGGUUGGCCCCAACUGGAGCAGGCAGUGGGCAUUAUUGGCGCCAUUGUCAUGCCACACAACUUCUACCUGCACUCCGCCCUGGUCAAGUCUCGCGAUGUCAAUCGAAAUGACGGUCGAGCGAUCGCUGUGGCCAAUUUCUACUUCUUCUUGGAGGCCUGCAUCGCCCUUGGUGUCUCACUGACCAUCAACGUCUUCGUGGUUUCCGUGUUUGCUGCAGGUUUCUACGGCAAGAACGUGACGGAAGUACAGCAAACAGUGGACGACGGAGUCGAGGGCAUCGGUAAAUUCAGUAAAACAGACGACCGUCGGUUGCUGGUGGACAUGACAGAAUUUAAGAAUGGUCGGCAUCUGCUUCCAGCUCCGAAGCCGGCCUAA